UGGAGUUAAAGACUCAAACAAACACUGGUGGCCACUCAGAACUUAGCAGUGCCUCAGACAGGGAGGACUGUACACUUCAAGGCUCUGAACGGUGCACCUGGAAAAUGCAGUUUCGGUAAAGCCCAUUCAAGGUAAAUCACUGCAUCUGGUUAUUCAUCACUGAGGGGAAAGAAGGAACUCAUCAGCUUCACAGUUGGAGGAAGGACAGCCCAAAGCUUCCCUCUUUGUCCAGAGUUCUCUCUGUCCGAACAAUGUCAACUGCCACUGCGGACAGUGUAGGAAGAGGAACCAAAACCUCUAAAGCAUCAAAGGAUCAUAAAAAGCCCACAGCGGCUGCCCUGAAAGGAGCCAUCCAGCUGGGCAUCGGUUACGCUGUGGGAAACCUCAGCUCCAAACCCGACAGAGAUGUUCUCAUGCAGGACUUCUCUGUAGUGGAGAGCGUUUUCCUGCCCAGCGAGGGCAGCAAUCUGACACCAGCCCAUCACUACCCAGAUUUCCGUCUGAAAACGUACGCACCGCUGGCCUUUCGCUACUUCAGAGAGCUGUUUGGCAUCAAACCAGACGACUAUCUGUACUCCAUCUGUAACGAGCCUCUGAUCGAGCUGUCCAACCCCGGAGCCAGCAGUUCCUGGUUCUACCUCACCAGCGAUGAUGAGUUCAUCAUUAAGACGGUGCAGCCUAAAGAGGCCGAGUUCCUGCAGAAGCUUCUUCCUGGUUACUAUAUGAAUCUGAAUCAGAACCCAAGGACGCUGCUGCCCAAGUUCUAUGGCCUUUACUGCAUCCAGUGCAGCGGUGCCAACAUCCGCGUGGUGGUGAUGAACAACGUGCUGCCGCGCGCCAUGAAGAUGCACUAUAAGUACGACCUGAAGGGUUCUUCGUACAAACGCCGUGCCUCACGCAAAGAGCGUGGCAAACCUUCACCCACAUUCAAAGACCUGGACUUCCAGGAGAUGCACGAGGGCCUGCUCUUCGACCCGGACACCUACAGUGCCCUGAUGAAAACCCUGCAGAGGGACUGUCGGGUCCUGGAGAGCUUUAAGAUCAUGGACUACAGUCUCCUGCUGGGGAUUCAUGUUUUGGACCGGAAGCCGCUGAGCAGAGGAAACCGAUGUGACAGCAGGAAAGGACAGAAAGUCCUCUACUCCACUGCCCUCGAGUCCAUCCAGGGGAACGUGAAGGCUCCUGAACCGGUGGCUGAUGACGAUGAAACACUGGGUGGAAUUCCUGCCAAACAUAAAGACGAGAACCUUCUGAUCUUUUUAGGAAUCAUUGACAUCCUUCAGUCCUACAGGUUCAUCAAGAAGGUUGAACACUCCUGGAAAGCUCUUGUGCAUGAUGGGGACACAGUGUCGGUUCACAGGCCCAGUUUUUACGCGGACAGAUUUCUGAAGUUCAUGGGGAUGACUGUAUUUAAAAAGCUCCAUCCUUUAAGAGGAACAUCUUCAAAGAGGAAGAGGAGUUCCCUUUAUGCAGUGAAAUCAGCCUCUCAGGAGUUUCUGUCACCACAGAAGGAGGAGAAGAAGGAGGAGAAGAAGGCCCAGAGCAUGGACAACCUGGAUGGAAACUUUUACAGUUCCUCCAAACAGCCGGAUCUCCUUCCGAAAGUUUCUUUCCAGGGGAUCCAAAAAGACGAGGACGAUCUUGAAAACAGUGAAGACCGACGAGCCUCCAGUUCAACAAUCGCUCUGGACGACCCUCUGCCGUCUCUCAGCAGGAGCACAUCAGACUCUGAGCUGGACGUCUACUUGUGAAGAGAAACAAGUGAUGGCUCCUCUCCAGCCACCUGGACGUCAGACCUUUGACCUCCCAGUCCUGCGUGUCAAGAUAUCAGCACUUCACAACAGUGUUAAUGUGACACAAACUGUAAGUAACACAUUGAUGUCAGCUUCUUCACUGUGAGCAUCACUCUGUGCCUCCGAGACUUUCCUUUUUAAGUCAGAGUAAAUGUGCCAAAUCACUGAUUCUUCUGUAGAAAUCCCAUCAUGAACAGAUGGGGACACAGUUUGUGUUUGUGUGCGUGAAGAUCACUGAACCACUGUGUUAAUGUAAAACACUAUGGAGCUGUUUGUUUUCCUGUUAUCUGCACUUUGCUGCUAAUUUAACAACAGUGCUAACAAAAGAAAAAUCCUCUUGGAUGUCUGAAUUAUGUGCAAAUGUUCAAAUGUUCUCAGCGGCUGGAUCCCUGAAGAAAUAGAUUGUCUUGUUGUUUAAUCAGCUUCAGGAAAAAAUGAUGCUGUCAUUUUUAAAUCAUAUAAUUAUACAGAGCCAUGUUGAGAUCAUUCUGGUGUCAGGAAUCUGAGUGGAAAUUCAUCUGUCAAGACAUUCAAGUAUGCAUGAGUGAUAGUGUUUAUAACCUUAUCAACAUGAUAGAAUCCCAAUUUACACAAAAUAAUAUAUCAAUAUUAUGCUGCACAAUUAUUUAUUCUGUAUCUGUGUAUUUCUUUUUUCAAACUUCAUUUCUGCUGCCACCAUUACAAAAAAGUAUUUCAGUUCAGUUUCUUGUUAUAACAAGAUUUUUUUUCAUGUUACAAUAUAUUUUUCUAUCUUUGACCUUUCAUGCAUCCCUCUGUCAUUUCUCUAGAAAAUGUACAUUUCAUUUUCGCUUGGAUUUAUUGAAGCAGUCUGUCAUGAACAGUUUUGAAUCCUGGAUGUUAGUCAUGAGCACAUUGUACGUUAUGUCCACCAAUGUAUGUUCUGUCUUCUCUUUGUGCCUUCAGAAGUUUAAGAAUCUGUGCUUUCAUGUGAUUUAUAGGCCUACAACUGUAUUAUAGCAAUACUUUGAACUUGUACAUGUGAAAUAAAUUAAUAUUUUAUGUUCUUAAA